UAGACGACAAUGGGUAAGAGAAGAAGAUUUGGCAAAGGACUUGAAACUGCACUCGAAGCAGCUUCGUCGAACUCUGAGAUUCUUCGAGGAAGAAAAACUAGUUACUCGAGAUCAUAGAAGAGAGACAGCUAAGGGUGCGAAGAUAUAUAGUGCUGCUGUAGCUGCCACAGCUGAUGGUCAUCCUCUAAAAGAGGGGGAAGAAAAGGUUAAGAUGCACACUCACUCCUACUGUUGUCUGGAUUAUGCUCAGAUCUAUGAUGUCGUCAGGUACAGAUUGCACCGUAUGAAGAAAAAACUGAAAGAUGAAUUGGACAACAAGAAUACAGUUCAGGAGUAUAUAUGCCCCAACUGUGGGAAAAGGUACACUGCAUUGGAUGCAUUACGGUUGAUUUCUAUGGAGGAUGAAUUUUUUCAUUGUGAAAGUUGUAAUGGAGAACUUGUGGCUGAGAGUGACAAGUUAGCUGCUCAAGAAGGAGGAGAUGGAGAUGACAAUGCAAGAAGGCGAAGGCGUGAAAAGUUAAAGGACAUGCUUCAAAACUUGGAGGUACAGCUUAAGCCAUUAAUAGAUCAACUCACUAGAGUAAAAGACUUACCUGUUCCUGAAUUUGGCACGCUUCAUGCAUGGGAAGCUCGAGCAAGUGCUGCUGUGCGUGCAGCAAAUGGUGAUUCCGGUGCUAUUGAUCCUUCCAAAUCUUCCCAGGGAUUGGGUUAUGGUGGAACGUCAUUGCCUUUUGUUGGAGACACCAAGGUUGAAGUUGACUUUUCUGGGACUGAAGGCAAGGGAGAGAAUAUUAAAUCUGAAACUGAAACUUCAUCUCUGAAAGUUUUGCCACCAUGGAUGAUCAAGGAAGGAAUGAACCUCACAAAGGAACAACGGGGAGAGGUCAAGCAGGAGUUGAGGAUGGAUGGCAGUUCAGCAGCUGUAGAAUUUUCAGAUGACAAAAAGGCAACAAUUGAAAAUGAUGAUAAGAAGAAUAUACAGGAUGAGUAUAUCAAAGCAUAUUACGCUGCUUUACUCAAGAAACAGCAAGAAUUGGACGAAGCUGCUAAGAAAGAACAUGAAUUGUCAAAUACACACUCCUUGAACGGUGUUUCUGACACGACUUCUAAUCGCCAAGUUGGGAUAAAGUCAAAACGUGACGAGGAUGAGGGAGAUGAUGAUGUGGAAUGGGAAGAGGCUCCAGUUGCUGGCAAUUCAAAUGAAAAUUACAAAGUGAAUGACUUGAAUGUUCAAGCUGAUGCUUCAGGAGAUGAUGAGGAUGAUAUAGACUGGGAGGAAGGUUAAAGAGCACAGCUUUUCUCCCCUCGUAGAUGGAUUAGCAUGACUUCCUUUUACCAGUAAAGUUUUUGGGAAAUUGAAGUUGUGAUCAGUGCAAAUUUUUCUUCUAACUUGGCACUUUUCUGAAUGUUGUUAUCUUAUAGCCAUAUGUUAUGUUUACCCUCGAUUCAUGAAAUACAAUGUGUUCUUGAUCUUGGUCUUCUUGCAAUGCCUUUUAUUAAUGCGGAUGGAGUCUGCGCUAAGCACCAAAGAAUGCAUGGCAUUGUUAUAAAUUAUGAUUCAAUGGAUGUAAUACUCAUAUUUUUGUUUUGUUUUUGUCGGUAAUGGCAUGUUUUGUGUAGACAUAACUGUAGAAAAAAGCAGCGGUAAUAAAUAAGCUUAAGUUUUUUUCAA